AGACGCCCUUAAACCUUCUGGGGGUUGCUUUGUGCCGGUGUUCCGGGCGGCUUCAGAUCAGGACGUUAUUCUGUGGACUUUGUCUCGUCUCAGUCUGAAUCUUUGUCAGAGACACUGCGGACACCUGGCUCGGCACUGAACUUCGGGAUCGACAGCCAUGCAUCCUGGUGCAGGAUUUGCAGCGUUUCUCGUGUCGCUGAGCGCUAUCCCCGUCUCUCACCUGCUCAACAGCCUGUCGGCCAUGGAAAGCCCGAUGGUGGUCUUUGCUGCUGGUGCUGGCGUUCUCUUGGGUCUGCUGCUCUUACUGUACCUUCUGGUUCGAGGAAAUUGCCCUAAGGACCCCCUGUUUUAUGUUUUUGCAGUGUUCUCAUUCACAAGUGUCAUCGAUUUGGUUAUCUCCCUGGAGCUAGAUGGUUACAUCAAAGGAUUCAUGGCAUUUUACUUAAAAGAGGGGGAGCCUUACCUCCGCAGUGCCUACGGAACCCUCAUCUGCUACUGGGACGGCACCGUCCAUUAUGUGCUCUACCUGACCAUGAUAGCCGCAAUUACACUUGGGAGGAAUUACCGGACUGUCGGCCUGUACUGGCUGGGCUCCCUGGCGAUGAGUCUGGUCACCCUUUUACUUGGAACUUCUGUGGGUAAAUUCGGAAAUGAUAUUCGUCCUGCCUUCUUGCUGAACGUACCAUAUGUGCUGAUCCCACUUUGGGCUGGAAAGAAAAUUUUGUGGAGCCCCAGACCUUUGUCACAGGCAACAGCUGAUCAGGUUGCCACGGAGCAGAGGAAGUGGUUGUAUCGACGGCCUCUGGACUUGUGUCUUGUGCUUUACCUGUUGUUUGCCAUCUUUUACACACUGCUCAGGGGCUUUGUCACCCUCGACUGUCCCUUUGAUAUCUGUGACACCUACAAGUACGAACAGGAGCCUUAUCUAUUGGAUCCAGUGACGUAUCCCAGAAUCCAGAUGCUGGUUAAUAUGUUCUACCUCCUGCCCUUCUUUGGCCUGGCCCUGUAUGGCCUGUUAGUGCCCGGCUGUACGUGGAUGCUCGAUUUGACCAUAAUAUUUGCUGGAGCCAUUGCUCAGGCCCAGUUUUCCCACAUUGGAUCAUCUUUACACCCACGCACUUCCUUUACGUACCGGGUCCCAGACAACGCUGUAGCCUCGUUCCUCUACGUUAAUGUCUUCUUCGCUGCUGGUGCUCAGCUCCUGGCGUUUCGCUGUGCUAUUUGCUCCAGCUUCUUCCUCAAAGGCGUGCCCAGAAGUAACGAGGAGAUGGAGAAGAAAGUAAAUUAAGAACCUGGCCUAACUGCACCGCAGGCUGAGGGGAAGCCACUAAAAUGACGUCAAAUGCAAUGGCACACGUGGCUCAGGGUAUCUCCCUCUUUCUAUCACCUAGAGUAAGGAGUUCCCAACCUGGCAUCCACGGACCUUUUGGUUAAUGGUAGGGGUCCAUGGCAUUAAAAAAGGUUGGGAACCCCUGUCCUAGAGUCAGAAGUUCUUCUUAGUUUACUCGGUUUACUGGCACAAACAUGUAUUGUUGCCUCCCACUCCCUCCCAAUUGCCUCAGAACCAAAAGCAGUUAAGAGUCAGUGUGGUGGGUUUCAUUUAAGCCAGACAGUUGAAUUGUUCUAGGAAUUGGAUAAGUCGUUCAAGAAAAAGUAAAUGUCAGGGUAGCAGAAGCUACACACCAACUGGAUUAUUCUUCCAAACUGUAUGGGGUUAAUAGACCAAGUUGCCUCCUUUGUGCUAUAAACAAUUCUCUAAUUCAAGGUUUGCUCUAGUAAUCAACUUUAUUGUAUAUAUGUUUGUAAAAUGUUUUUUUUAUACGAUCUCUUAAUUUUUACCUUGCCUACUCUGGCUUAAUAUUUUGUAAAAUAGAAACAAUAAAGUUAAUUUCAUUUUGUACAAAAAUACUUACUCAGUUUUAUCAGUUCCAAAUCCACGCAGGCAGACUACAUUAAGAUGCUCAUCUGAUGAUAAAGCAAGUCACAUCCUACCCAAGGCACUUGAUUGAUACCUGGUUUCAGUGCUGAGUGAUGGUAGAGAGUCUCGGACCAGGAGUACAACCUCACUAUAGGAGGAUGUCCUUUUAGAAUAGAGGUGAGAAGGAAUUUCUUUAGCCGGAGGGUGGUGAUGCUGUGGCAGCCAAGUCAUUGGCUAUAUUUAAAGCAGAGAUUGAUGGGUUAUUGAUUAGAAAGGGCGUUGAUGGUUCUGGAGAAAAGGCAGGGUGCUCAGUUCUGGUCACCUCACUACAGGAAGGAUGUGGAAACCAUAGAAGAGGAGAUUUAAAGGAUGUUGCCUGGUUUGGCGAGCAUGCCUUAUGAGAAUAGGUUGAGUGAACUCAGCCUUUUUUCCUUGGAGCAACAGAGGAUGAGAGGUGACCUGAUAGAGGUGUACAAGAUAAUGAGAGGCAUUGAUCGUGUAGAUAGUCAGAGGCUUUUUCCCCCAGGGCUGAAAUGGCUAGCACGAGAGGGCACAGUUUUAAGGUGCUUGGAAAUAAGUACAGAGAAGAUGUCAGGGGUAAGUUUUUUUUAUGCAGAGAGCGGUGAGUGCAUGGAAUGGGCUGCCAGCGACGGUGGUGGAGGCGGAUAUGAUAGGGUCUUUUAAGAGACUCCAGGAUGGGUACAUGGACCUCAGAAAAAUAGAGGGUUAUGGAUAACCCUAGGUAAUUUGUAAGGUAAGGCCAUGUUCAGCACAGCUUUGUGGGCCAAAGGGCCUGUAUUGUGCUGCAGGUUUUCUAUGUUUCUAUGUAAUGGGAUUGAGGGAAAAUAAAUCAGCCUAGUCAGGCCUAGUCAGCCUGUCUUGUAUAAUCAGCCCUUAGAUUAUCGAAUACAGGGAAGGAAUCCUGUUAUCACCUACCAGCAUGCACCACAGCACUGUACCUCCCAUUAGUGGAAGAUGAUGGCAAAUUGGUCCCAACUAUGAACAAGUUCUAGACUUAACCCCAGGUUUAUAAAACAAUCAUCAGGCCCCAUCUUCAGCCCAUUUGCAGGGGUGG